GGCGAGGGCGGGGCGGAGCGCGGAACUCAUGGAGGAUCCGGAGUACUUGGGCGCCAGCGCGGCGGAGUGGGGGGACGACACGGACGGAGGGGCGCAAGAUGAUGAAUAUGGAGAAGAGGAUGAUGCUGAAGUCCAGCAGGAAUGUUUACACAAAUUUUCCACCAGAGAUUACAUCAUGGAACCCUCCAUAUUUAAUACUUUAAAAAGGUAUUUCCAAGCAGGUGGCUCUCCAGAGAACGUGAUUCAGCUCUUAUCAGAGAAUUAUACUGCUGUGGCUCAAACAGUAAAUUUGUUGGCCGAGUGGCUCAUUCAAACAGGUGUUGAGCCAAUUCAAGUCCAGGAAACAGUAGAAAACCACUUAAAAAGUUUGCUCAUUAAACACUUUGACCCUCGAAAAGCAGAUUCCAUUUUUACAGAGGAAGGAGAGACUCCAGCAUGGCUCGAACAAAUGAUAGCACAUACUACAUGGCGGGACCUCUUCUACAAGUUGGCUGAAGCUCAUCCAGACUGCCUCAUGCUGAAUUUUACUGUCAAGCUUAUCUCAGAUGCUGGAUACCAAGGGGAGAUAACCAGCGUGUCUACAGCAUGUCAGCAGUUAGAAGUCUUCUCUCGAGUAUUGCGUACCUCUCUGGCUACUAUCUUAGAUGGUGGGGAAGAAAACCUGGAGAAGAAUCUACCAGAGUUUGCUAAAAUGGUGUGCCAUGGUGAACACACAUAUCUCUUCGCUCAAGCUAUAAUGUCCAUAUUAGCUCAAGAAGAGCAAGGUGGCUCUGCUGUGCGCCGGAUUGCUCAGGAGGUUCAGCGGUUUGCACAUGAGAAAGGCCAUGACGCUAGUCAGAUUACUUUAGCUCUGGGGACUGCUGCUUCGUACCCUCGCGCUUGCCAAGCCCUCGGUGCCAUGUUAUCGAAAGGAGCUCUGAACCCUGCAGAUAUCACCGUCCUUUUCAAAAUGUUCACCAGCAUGGAUCCACCUCCCGUAGAACUGAUUAGAGUUCCAGCUUUCUUGGAUCUCUUCAUGUUGUCAUUAUUUAAGCCCGGCGCUAAGAUUAAUCAGGACCACAAGCAUAAAUAUAUCCAUAUUUUGGCCUACGCAGCUAGUGUUGUGGAAACAUGGAAGAAGAACAAGAGAGUGAGCAUAAAUAAAGAUGAGCUCAAGUCUACUUCAAAAGCAAUUGAAACUGUUCACAAUCUCUGCUGCAACGAGAAUAAAGGAGCUUCUGAACUUGUAGCAGAACUGAGUACCCUCUACCAGUGCAUCAGGUUUCCAGUAGUAGCAAUGGGGGUAUUGAAAUGGGUCGACUGGACCGUGUCUGAGCCCCGGUAUUUCCAGCUUCAGACUGAUCACACUCCAGUGCACUUGGCCUUAUUGGAUGAGAUUAGUACUUGCCAUCAACUGCUUCAUCCUCUUGUCCUCCAGCUUCUUGUCAAACUUUUUGAGACAGAACACUCUCAGUUGGAUGUCAUGGAACAGCUGGAACUGAAGAAGACCCUUUUGGACAGGAUGGUGCACUUGCUAAGCCGAGGAUACGUUCUUCCAGUGGUCGGCUAUAUCCGCAAGUGCCUUGAAAAGCUGGACACGGACAUUUCUCUCAUCCGAUACUUUGUGACUGAGGUGUUGGAUGUGAUCGCUCCUCCAUACACCUCGGACUUCGUGCAGCUUUUUCUUCCUAUCUUAGAAAAUGACAGCAUUGCCGGCACCAUAAAGGCUGAAGGCGAGCAUGAUCCUGUCACAGAGUUUAUAGCUCAUUGCAAAUCGAAUUUCAUCGUGGUCAACUGAACAAAAGGAAAAAGGCCACCUGCUGAUGCCAUGGAUUAUGUGCUGCAGUACAGGAUAAUGCAGACGCCAACGACAGAAAAAAAACUGGUGUGCUGGUUGGCACUUUAGGUGAACUGAAAAUGUCACCCUGGUACACUUCAAAACUUAAUGUCACUUCUCUAGGAUGCAGUUGUUAUUCUCGUGACCAAUUGAAUUCUUUUGAUUGCCAGCCCCAUAGCCUGAGUACACUUGAGGAGCAGAACAAAGGCCAUUUGUUUGUGCUGUUUGUUUGAUAGACUACAAUGGAACUGGUGGCAGCAAUAUUUCCUUAAUGAAUUUGCUAUUUCCAUGUACGAUUGCUUUCAGGAUGUAGGGAAGAUUUGGUGUUGUUUCCCAACAGAGAGAGUUCUCUGCAUCACCACCACCUUACAAAAACAAGUAAUGUUUGCAUGGCACAUAUGUGUUGUUUCAUAAUAAGCCUCUGUAAACAUCAAUGUGGUGCAGCUGACAAUUUGAUUUGCACCUCCCUAAAUCUAUAAAUGUCUUUAUGUUAAAUGUGCUAGUGCUACGGUCCCCAACCUUUUUCGGACGGCAGAUCGAUUGGGGGGCGGGGGCAUCCCCGCGCUCAUGGAUAGGCGUGUCAUGCUUUGCGGAGGGGCGUGUCAUGUGUGCAUGCGCACAAGCGUGACACACCCACCCGCAAGCGCGACACGCCCACCAUGUGUGCGUGCGGGGUGCCGGAGAUCCAUGUCCUUGGCCCAGUUCAAGGAAGCCCACGGACCGGCACCCCUGUGCUAGUGGAAAUGACGUCAACUAUCAUCCAGUUAAUGACUGUCACCUGUGAAUCACUCAUUAGUUUUCAUUUGCUAAGUGAUUACAUUUCCCACUGUAUUCCAGAAUAUGGUUGUGACCCCACCUUUCCUAACAAUGUCUACAGAAAUUACAAAGAAAAAGAAAGCUGUGUAAUUUUAAAUAAAUUAUCACUUGGAUAAAAA